CUGUGAAGAAGAGGACACAACAUUCGUGCUGUAUUUAAGCGUUGCAUGAGAAUCCUCUUUAAUCGUAUUUAAUGUCACAGAUAUUAUUGGGAACUUUGUCGUUAACGUUUUGAUCGUGGAUACCAAACAACCGAGACGUCCGUAAAUAAACAUGGCCGGAAAUAUAAAAGAUAAAGAAGCAUUUCAACGUCUAAACUUUCUCUAUCAGGCGGCUCACUGUGUUUUGGCCCAAGAUCCCGAAAAUAUUGAAUUGGCGAGAUUUUACUGCUUCACCCAGAAGACCAUCUCUAAACGACUGGUGCUCAGGCAAGAUCCAUCAGUGAAGAGAACCAUUUGCAAGAAGUGUUGUGCUUUAUUGAUACCAGGUGUCACAUCAACAGUAAGACAGAAAAGGGGACCCAGAGGACAACGGAAGACCAUUGUCCGAUGUUUAAGCUGUGGACUGACCAAACGAUUUCCAAACAACCCAAAGCAUAAACUGUGGGUGGACCAAGCUGAGGCUCAGCUAGAAAACCAGACUCCACCAGAUGCUGGUCCUUCAUCUAAGUCCACAACCCAAGGUACAAAAUCGAGUGUUUCAAGAGGUCAAGCUUCCACAAAAGAAAAGACUUCAUCUACAGCUUAGACCAAUGCGGCUUGUGAAAGCUGAGCCCAUUGGUUACUGUACUGUCUUUGACACAUUCAUACAUUUCAAAGACUUUAUGGACGAGUCGCUCAAACACAUUAGUCUAUUUUAAUAUUUAUUUGAUUAAAUGGAAAAUUUAUGAGUUAUACGAUUUACUCUUAUGUUUGCUUUGAAUUGCAAUUUGAACGUAUACUCUGGUAAAAGCACGAAAGGGAUCUUUUACCGAAGUGGUUGAAUUACACUGACAAUCGCUUUUAUUUGUCUAAUUUUAUACUUAUUUUAAUAACACAAUAACUUUUUUGUAAUUUCAGUUAAAAGAUGCUGUUUUUUCCUAACCCUGAGUGCAAGGAAUCUUGGGAAUUGCUAGUUAGUGCAUUAAUUCUAUCAUUUAGAAAUGUACUUUAAAGCGUUAACACAUUUUUACAAAAUAACUUAAAAUGAACAAGAUCAAUCGUUGUAAAAUAUUUAGUUUCUUGGGGGUUAAGUUUCUACUUUUGGCCUUUAAGCAGUGUUCCAGUCAGCUUAGUAAUGAUUUCUUGAUGUUUGUGUAUGUGUUGCAUCCCCACAGUGAUCUUAAAGUUUUGAUACCCCCAGAUUUGAUGUUUAUGGGCCCAACAAAAGCUUCUGUGCAUAUCUAUGUGUGCUCAUGAAUUAUUAAAAAUCGCCUGUGAA